AUGGCACGGUUCGGUAUCGGUCGGUACUGGUACGCACCGAGCAAAACCUCCGCCCCCCACCUCGUCUCCUCCUCUCUGCGUCUCCGACCGCCGCCGCCUCCUCCUCCUCUCCUCCUCACAACCUCCGCCGCCUCCUCCUCCUCUCCUCCUCACAACCUCCGCCGCCUCCUCCUCCUCGGCUCCUCACAACCUCCGCCGCCUCCUCCUCCUCUCCUCCUCACAACCUCCGCCGCCUCCUCCUCCUCUCCUGCUCUCCGCGUCUCCGGCCGCCGCCCUCACCACCUCCCGCCGCCUCCUGCUCCUCCAUCCCACCCAGAAAUGGCAAAAAGGAUUAGGAUUAAUUGGAAGCAAGAAGGUGUUGAAAAAACCUUUCUUGAAGCAUGUGUUCAUCAAAUAACCGUUAAUGGACGUGAGGGAAGUAGUCUUAAACAAGCGUCAUGGAAAACUGUAGCUGAAAAUUUGAAAACACAACAUAAUUUCAUAGUGGAACAACGUCAAAUGAAGAAUCACUAUGAUUUUCUAAAAGGAAAAUUUGCAGCUUGGUUAAAGCUUAAAAACAAAACCGGGAAUGUCUAUGAUCCAGUUACAAACAGCUUUAACUUGUCAGAAGAAGAGUGGCAAAUUGAGAUGAAGUCUAACAAGUAUGUAGAAGCUUUGAGAAGUGCGCCACUUGCUUUCCCCGAGCUUUGUUGUCAAUUGUUUGAGGGGUCUACUUCAAAUGGGUUUGAUAGUUGGGGGCCAAGUUCUACGCUUCCUCAUCCUUCCGAGUAAGUGAAUGAGCACAAUUUGGAUGGUAUGGAUGUCGAAUGCACUCAAGUGGAUUCCCCAGGUAAAGGUGUUAGUGAGGAGUCAAGUAUUCGGUCCCAAAAAAAAGAAAAAGGAGAGAAACGAAAACAUAAGGCAACAUUAGAGUCACAGCUUAUAGAAGUUGGUGAAGAUAUUAGCAAGUUGGCAAAGAUGAUGAUUGAGAAACACACACUUUCUGAUGAUAUGGAUGCAUGUUUGGAGAAGUUGGAGACAUUGGGUUGGGAUGAGUCGGAUGCGAAAUACGAAACAGCGCUUUUGCUUUUUGGUGAGAGUGCCGAUCUUAGGAAACUGUGGGUACGUCUUAAGCCGCAGAAUUGUGAGAAAUGGGUUAAGAAUGCGGGAGCGAAGUAUGGAUUGUUUAACUAAGAUUGUGCUUUGAUUGUUUUUUUAAUUUUUUUUUUGGGUUAGAUGUUAUGUUA